GGGUGAGGGCGAAGAGGAGGAGGAGGAGGAGUGUGUGUGCGAGCGUGUGUGGCUGGGGGAAGCCAUUGCCUGUUUAAUAGUUGCUGUUGCUGCACUUCCGCUUCUCUCCCAGCGAGAGAGAGACACGAGUGGCCAGGCCCAGCCGCAGCCGCAGCAGCAGCCGCCGCGGCGGCACGGAGGAGCCAGACACAAAGAGAGGGGCUGUUUGCGGGGUGGGGUGGGGGGUUCGCUAUGUCGGAUGACGAUUCGAGGGCCAGCACCAGCUCCUCCUCAUCUUCGUCCUCCAACCAGCAAACCGAGAAAGAAACAAACACCCCCAAGAAGAAGGAGAGUAAAGUCAGCAUGAGCAAAAACUCCAAACUCCUCUCUACCAGCGCCAAGAGGAUUCAGAAGGAACUGGCAGACAUCACUUUAGACCCUCCACCUAACUGCAGUGCUGGUCCCAAAGGUGAUAACAUCUAUGAAUGGAGAUCAACCAUUCUGGGGCCUCCAGGAUCCGUGUAUGAAGGUGGUGUAUUCUUCCUUGAUAUCACUUUUACACCAGAAUACCCCUUCAAGCCUCCAAAGGUAACAUUUCGGACAAGAAUCUAUCACUGUAAUAUUAACAGUCAAGGAGUUAUUUGCUUGGACAUAUUAAAAGAUAAUUGGAGUCCAGCACUAACCAUUUCUAAAGUUCUCCUUUCUAUCUGCUCCCUUCUUACAGACUGUAAUCCUGCUGACCCUUUGGUGGGAAGUAUUGCCACUCAGUAUAUGACCAACAGAGCAGAACAUGACAGAAUGGCCAGACAGUGGACCAAGAGAUACGCUACAUAAAUUGGGUUUUCACAAUUCUUACAUUGUCUGUCACAGAGAGAGCUGCUUAUGAUUUUGAAGGGGUGGGGGAGGGUGGGAGUUGGUAAAGAGUAGGGUAUUUCUAUAACAGAUAUUAUUCAGUCUUAUUUCCUAAGAUUUUGUUGUAACUUAAGGUAUCUUGCUACAGUAGACAGAAUUGGUAAUAGCAACUUUUAAAACUGUCAUUAGUUCUGCAACAUUAGCUGAAAUGUAGUACAGAGAAUAGACAUUUGGGUUCAGUUGCUUGUAGUCUGUAAACUUAAAAUAGCUUAAUUUUGUACAGGUUACACACAUGGCCAUUUAUGUAAAGUCCUUCCAAGACUACACAUUUUUUUUUGUUGUUCAAAAAAAUUGGAAUUUGUUUUCCCUUCUUGGGAGGGAACAUUGAUAUUUAACAGUUUUUAGAGACUGUCAUCUCAUAUAUAAAAUGGAUACGUGGCUAUAAGACACCAUAUAGGAAAUGAGUAGUUAUGUAUUUUAUUUUAUAUGCCAAUCUACUUUAUUGUGACAAGAUAAGAGGUUUGAAUCACGACUUGUGAAAACCUGUAGUAAAAUACCUUAAGCUGUUAACUGUAAGGUGUGGAAUAGGAGUUGCUCAGUGGAUUGGUUAUAUGUUGUGGACUACUUAAGUCUGCAUUUGUUACUGUGCUAAUAAACAAUAUUAAAACAACCA